CUCUUCCUUCCUUUCCCACCCAGAGAAAGCAGAGUUUUACCACAAGUCUAACUCCGUGCUAAGUGUUAGGGACAGUGGAACCAUUUCUUAAAGCGACGCGUGACCGUUGUUGUCGUUACCUAAGAGAUUUUACACCUGAACCGGGGCUUUGGAUUAUUCGCCGAGUUAUGCGUAAAAAAGCGCACCGCUCGUCGUGACGCAGCGUCACCGUUUUGGAUGUAGAGCUUUCCUUGUAAAUCCGAACUGGCAGUUGAUUUAGUAACACAACUUCUUCCCAGUGAGGAUUAUAUAUAUCAUGAGGAUUUUGUGGCUGUUUGUCUUGUGCUUCAUUCAUUUCUCAGAUGCUGUGAUCGACUUGACCAUGAUCUCCACAGUGGAGGUCAGCCACGCCAGUCACUUCACCAUCACUUGUAUCAAUGGGGAGCGCAGCUUGGCCAAUUGUGGGCUGGACAUCAAGAGAGACAACAAAAUUCUCAUAUUCCCUAAGAGGCCAAAUUUUAAAGUGCAUAAACCCAAGAACAAAGAGGUAAUAGCCAGAGAGUUCCGUGACCUGGAUCACAUUGGUAUCUUCUACUGUGAAGCCACUCAGGAAGCCAAUCCCCCGCAUGAGACGGUUACGAUGAUCAACAAUUGUGAUGGCGCAAAGCUAAUUCCAACCCACCUCACUCUGACUGCCAACAAAGGAGAAACUGUUCACCUCAGCAUGGAGCUACUCAGCUCAGAAAAGAGAGAUGUGACCUGGAAGUACAACGGAAACUACUAUUAUAUGACACACUGGAACGAAAUGAUUAAUGGCACUGCUGUACUGGCAGUAGAGAAUGCAGCUUUCGCCAAUCAAGGCAUCUACAGUGCCAGCUAUGUGGGGGACAGUCCACUUAAGGGUGCCUGGAUGAGGCUCAUUGUCAGAGACUGUCCCAGUAAAAAGUGGGGUCCUUACUGUGAUAAGGACUGUCCGGAGUGUGUCAAUGGUGGAGUGUGUCAUGAUGUGAACGGAGACUGUAUCUGCCCUCCAGGAUUCAUGGGUACACGCUGUGAGACAGCCUGCAGAGAAGGAAUGUUUGGUCGAAACUGCCAGGAGUCAUGUGGCUCUGAGCUGAACUGCACAGGGCUUCGUUUCUGCCUACCAGACCCUUACGGCUGCUCUUGUGCCAGCGGCUGGUUUGGCAGCCGUUGUGAGAAGGCCUGCCAUAAUGACAUGUAUGGACCGGACUGCAAGCUGAGCUGUAAAUGCCAGAAUGGAGGAGUUUGCAACCGUUUCAGUGGAUGCCAGUGUCCCACAGGGUGGAGAGGACAGAACUGCGAGAGGUCUGACCGGGCUCCUGAAAUCUUGGACCUGGAUAGUAAUCUGGAGUGGAAUCUCAACUCCAGCCCCAAGAUCUUUUGCUCAGCCACAGGGAACCCCCUGCCCAGCCACAACAGCAUUGAGCUUCGAAAGUUGGACAGCACUGUGCUCAAGGCCUCUCGCACCACCAUGGACUCAGAUAAGAGUACAGCCCUCUUUGAGAUCCCUCGCCUGACUGCUCAACAAGGAGGAUUGUGGGAGUGCAGGGUAUCCACCAAUGGAGGCCAGGACUCCCGCAAGUUCAACCUCACCGUUAAAGUGCCCCCUGUGCCCACUACUGCUCCCAAACUGCUAGAAAAGAGGAGUAAGCAGCUGCUGGUAAUGCCGGUGGACUCUUACAGAGGAGACGGCCCCAUUGUCUCCACCAGACUCCUCUACAAGCCUGUGAAGACCGGAGAUUCAUGGUCCUCUAUCAUAGUCUACAGUGACAAAGAGCCCAUCACGCUGAUGAACCUGGAGCCUUCGACAUGCUACCAUGUCCGUGUCCAGCUGAGCCGUCCUGGAGACGGAGGAGAGGGGGACCCAGGGCCAGAGGCCAUCAUGGAGACUGAUUGUCCCGAGCCCACAGUUCAACCUGAGAUUGACAUCAGUUCGGUGGAAGGCCGCAAUGCCACUGUACGCUGGCGACUGCCCGCCAACAAUGGCAUUAAUUCUGGCACAGCCAGUGGCUUUUUAGUGCAGCUCUACGGGCCACCGCCCAACAGGGAGAAACUGCGAGAGGAGUUCACCCUGCUCAAUGUGCUUUCCAUCAAGUUCCACAACCUGGAGUACCAGCAAGACUACACUGUGGUGGUGCGUCUCAUCAACUGUGACAGCCAGGGGCCACCAUCUAAACCCUACCACUUCCGCAUCAACAGCCAGGGCCCUUCAUCCCCACGCAACGUCCAGGCCCUGCCCCUAUCCAUGUCAGCCAUUCAGGUGAGGUGGCAGCCCCCUGAGGAUCCCAAUGGAGGCAUCAUUAAAUACAUCAUAGAGUACCAGCCAGUCGGCCAGGGGAGCCUUUACCCUUGGGUGGACACAGAUGAUGGGAACAAGACCACCAAAGAUGUGACAGCAUUGAACGGCAGCACACUCUACCAGUUCAGAGUGAGAGCUUUCUCCAAAGUGCCUGGAGAGUGGAGCACGUUUGUUGAGGCGAGGACGCAAGGGGGCGGCCAGAGUUCAAGCCCGACCACCUCCAAUGUGACUAGCAAGCCUUCGGGGGACAGUUACCAGCUGCUGGUGGCAGUGGUGGGCUCUGUGACUGUCACCUGCGUAACUAUCAUGUUGGCACUGCUGGCUCUUUUCUUCAUCCGCAAGACGCUGCUUAACCGUCGGCGCACAUUCACCUACCAGUCUGGAUCUGGUGAAGAGACUAUUCUGCAGUUUAACUCGGGAACUCUGACCUUGACACGGAGGCCCAAGCCCACCCCAGAGCCCCUCACCUAUCCAAUCCUUGAAUGGGAGGAUAUUAAGUUUGAAGAUGUCAUCGGAGAGGGCAACUUCGGCCAGGUGAUCAAAGCCAUGAUCAAGAAGGACGGCAACAAGAUGAGCGCAGCCAUCAAGAUGUUGAAAGAGUUUGCCUCAGAGAAUGACCACAGAGACUUUGCAGGAGAGCUGGAGGUGCUGUGCAAACUAGGCCAGCAUCCCAACAUCAUCAACCUCAUCGGAGCCUGUGAAAACAGAGGUUACCUGUACAUAGCCAUUGAAUACGCUCCCUACGGUAACCUCCUGGAUUUUCUGAGGAAGAGUCGAGUGUUGGAGACUGACCCUGCCUUUGCCAAAGAACAUGGCACGGCUUCCACCCUCACCUCCCAACAGCUGCUGCAGUUUGCUGUAGAUGUGGCCACAGGGAUGCAUUACCUAAGUGACAAACAGUUCAUCCACAGGGAUUUGGCAGCCAGGAAUGUUCUUGUAGGCGACAACCUUGUGGCGAAGAUAGCAGACUUUGGCCUGUCACGCGGCGAGGAAGUUUACGUGAAGAAGACAAUGGGGAGGCUGCCUGUGCGCUGGAUGGCCAUCGAAUCCCUGAACUACAGCGUGUAUACGACCAAGAGUGAUGUGUGGUCUUUCGGUGUUCUCCUCUGGGAAAUUGUAAGCUUAGGUGGCACGCCAUAUUGUGGCAUGACCUGUGCUGAGCUUUAUGAAAAAUUGCCGCAAGGAUACAGGAUGGAGAAACCCAAAAACUGUGACGAUGAGGUCUAUGAGCUGAUGAGGCAGUGCUGGAGGGAUCGGCCUUAUGAGAGACCCCCUUUCUCACAAAUCUCUGUCCAGCUCAACAGGAUGCAGGAGGCCAGGAAGGCUUAUGUGAACAUGGCUCUCUUUGAGAACUUCACCUAUGCUGGGAUAGACGCCACAGCUGAAGAGGCCUGACUACCAGCCCCCCCAGACCCUAGCAUGCCACGUAGCUCCAAAAGUAAGUCCCGAGGAUGGUCGCCACGUUACUGCCACCUCCCUGCCGCUCAACGUCGAGACAGGAGGACCUGGCGCUCUACCAAAACCACCCAGCUAUAGAUGGAGGACUGUGAAAGGACACUGUGUGGAGUGUGUAGAUAUCAGAGGCAAUGGGAGAUGUGGAGUAUGGCUGGGCCUUGGAUGGAGAGAUAGCUACUAACCUCUUGGAAAAUACUGACCCCUUGCCAUUAAGGACCAGAAAAAAGAGACAGCAUUGUACCUCUUGCUGUAACAAAAGGUUAUAAUGCUGGACUUUUUUCCCUGAGUGCUCAGGGGGAGUGGUAAACAAGGAGCUAUGUGACUUGCUGAAACACCACAGGGUCUGUGGGGUGUCAACGCUGGACUUUAUUUUCUCUCCACUGCUUAAAAUGGAGAAGGAAUUCUUUUCAUGAAGAUGAAAUUAAAAGGCACAGUGUGGAUCACAAACAUUCAAGUUCUCAGACUGUCAGAAAAGGACGAAAGACAUUCAAUGUAGCACUUAAAACCAGCCUCUUUUAUGCCAUCUGUGUCUUUUAGUAUUUGCCUAUCACUGCCAUGUGAAUGUAUCUACUACUGUAUGUAUUUUGUCUCCUUUACAUAGAUGUAUCAAAGUCUCCUAUUCAAAUGUAGUCAGAUUUACAGACUGAUAUAAAUGCAGCCACAGUAGAUGCUCAGUGUGUUGCAUGCAGAUCUCCACCACAAGAAUAGUUUUUUUCUCAAAACUCUUAAGAUAAAGGGCUGAUGCACAGCCAGUCUACCAGCCACCACCAUUAUAGUCUACCUUUAACAUUAUGCAACCUAACACAAUGUAUGGUAUGUAUCCACCAUAUAAAGAAUGUACAGUAUGUUUUCAUUUACAAGUUCCUCGAAUAAAGCUUUUGUGUGGUGACUGGACCCAUCACCACAAGUACUUUAA